UGGGGAAGUGUCCAGUCUGCAGUGGCAUGUUGAAGUGCAGCGGCGGAGCAUAUCACUGCAAAGGAGAUUUCUCAGAGUGGUCUUCCUGUGUUUACUCCACCAGAGAUCCUCCCAGAAAGGACCAAGAGCCACUAAAAAUUCCUGAAUCUGUCAGGAAAACGCCAGUCGAAAACUUGAUCAAGAAACAUCAAGAUCCCAAAACCCGGCCAAAGAAAGAACAACUCACAGCAGUAAAACCUCUUAGCGGUAUGAUGAUUUCGCUCUCGGGCCGUCUUACCAAAACCCAUCAAUACUGGAAAUCUCAAAUUGAGAAGAAUGGAGGGAAUGUGGCAAAUUCUGUCAUUGGGGUGACUUGUUUAGUUGUGUCUCCAGCUGAGCGUGAUCGUGGUGGCUCAUCUAAAGUAGCUGAAGCUGUGGAAAGGGGAAUACCUGUGGUAAGGGAAGCAUGGUUGCAAGACAGCAUAGAGAAAAGGGAAGCGCAGCCACUAGAUGCUUAUGAUGUUAUGAGUGACAUUGCCAUAGAUGGUAGAGGCAUUCCCUUAGACAAGCAGGACGAGAGUGCUGAGGCACUAGAAACCAUUGCGGCAGAGCUGAAGGUGUACGGGAAGAGAGGUGUGCACAAGGAUAGCAAGUUGCAGGAUGAAGGUGGAAAGAUACUUGAAAAGGAUGGACUGUUGUACAAUUGUGCCCUUGCCCUUUGUGAUCAAGGAAGAGGAGUCAACGAGUUUUGCAUUAUGCAGCUCAUUGCAGGGCCUGAGAAGCGUUUGCACAUGUACUAUAGAAGGGGCAGAGUUGGUGAUGUUGCCCGGAUAGAUGCCAAGCUUGAGGAGAGGGAAAAUGAGGAUGACACAAUCAAAGAGUUUGCUAAGAUCUUCAAAGAGCUGACUGGAAAUGAGUUUGAGUCAUGGGAGAGGGGAAAGAAAAUCCAGAAGAAACCGCACAAGUUUUUUCCUCUUGAUCUGGCUGAUGGAAUAGAAGUUAGACAUGGAGGGCUUGCCCUUAGGCAACUUGGAGUUGCAGCCGUACACAGCAAGCUUGAUCCUAUGGUAGCAAAUCUUAUGAAAGUUCUUUGCAGCCAAGAAAUCUAUAGGUAUGCAUUAAUGGAGAUUGGGCAUGACUACCCAGAGGUUCCAAUAGGGAUGCUUUCAGACAUGCAUCUGAAAACAUGUGAGGACGCUCUACUGCACUACGCGGAAAGGUUAAACACAAUGAAGGAAACAGGACAGGAAGCAGAAGCAGUGUGGGCAGAGUUCAGCAACAAGUGGUUCACUCUUAUGCCAUCCACAAGGCCAUUCCGUCUAAGGGAUAUUGACGACAUCGCGGAUCAUGUUGCUUCUACAUUCGAGACUAUAAGAGAUAUCAAUGUCGCAUCACGCCUUAUAGAGGAUAUGUCUGGUUCAACAAUAGACGACCCUCUGUCUGAUCGAUACAUGAAGUUGGGGUGCUCCAUUUCUCCUUUGGAGAAAAAUUCAGAAGACUACAAAAUGAUAGUUAAAUACUUGGAGAAAACUUACGAUCCAGUCGGUGUUGGAGAUAUAAGUUACGGAGUGACAGUGGAGAACAUAUUUGUUCUUGAACCAAAAGCUUGCCCCUCACUCAAUGACAUCAAGAAAUUACCCAACAAACUCUUGCUCUGGUGUGGAACUAGAAGCUCAAAUCUUUUGAGGCAUUUGCAGAAAGGGUUUAUGCCAUCUGUUUGUUCACUUCCUGUUCCAGGCUACAUGUUCGGAAAAGCAAUUGUGUGCUCAGAUGCAGCAGCAGAAGCUGCGAAGUAUGGUUUCACUGCGGUUGACAGGCCAGAAGGAUUCUUGGUAUUAGCUGUGGCUUCUGUGGGUGAAGAAAUCCAGGAGUUCUGCAGUCCACCAAAGGAUACUAAAUCCUUGGUGGAAAAGAAACUUGGGGUAAAAUGCCACGGGAGGAUGAAGACUGAUGAGUCCGAGCAUUUUGUUUGGAAGGAUGAUAUCAAAGUGCCUUGUGGGCGGCUGAUUGAAUCAGAUGAGCACAAGGAUAGUCCACUGACCUUUAACGAGUAUGCUGUCUUUGAUCCACAGCAGGUGAGCAUUAGGUUCUUGGUGGCUGUCAAGUACGAGGAGCGAGGCGUGGAAUAUGAUGCCGCUGACCCUGAAGUCUAGGCUGCUAUAAACUGGCCGAGAAAAAAGGACCAAACAACUUUGAGGGGUGAAAAGGGUGGUUCUACCGUGUAUGUAUAAAUAUAUUUUGAUGCCUAAUGUGGGAAGUAUAUGUUUUGGGUAUAAUAUGGUUUUAGCGGGAAGUAUAUGUUUUGGGUAUGAUAUGGUUUAGCCUACAAAAGCUCGAAUGAGUAUUCAAGGAUAGAGGAUGUGCUUCCUCUUCUUACCAGAGGAUUCUAUGGUCGCAUCUUUAUUUUGCAACUUCCUCUUAAUAAUGAAUUAUGAUCAAUAGUGCCAG